AUGGGCCUUCAUAGUUUCCUCCUCCCCUCUCUGUUCUCCUCUUUUUUUAUAAUUGCAGCGCUAUCUACCUUAGACUUUCCUCUCGGAGCCCAAGUAACAAUUCCGAUCCCUUCGGCCUUUGAAUCGGGGUUUAAAGGAAGAGCAUUCGUGCUCGAUGCAAGACGGGCGCCUCCGAACUUUAGAGUGGCACUGAGUGUUGAGGCCAUCAGCAGCGGUGGCGGCGGCGGCAGUUCGGGGUAUUUGUGUUCACUUGUAGUUUUUUUGAAAGAAACAAAAGUGUGGACGUCGGAUUACGCAGCAAAGUUUCUACCGGCCAAAAGUUGCGUGCUUAAGUUGACAGAAAACGGUGACCUGCGGUUGACAGACUCCGUUGGAAAGAUCGGUUGGCGGACUCUGACGUCGGGACGAGGUGUGAAGGAACUCCACCUUCAAAAGGACACAGGAAAUCUCAUUCUCAGAGAUGCAGAGAACAAAACCAAAUGGCAAAGCUUCGACUAUCCGGGAAGCGUCCUGCUGCGCGGCCAACGGCUUAACACACCAGCUCGUCUAACGACUUUUCCGACCGACUUCUCGGUGUACUACUCCUUAGAGCUCCAACAAGGAAAGCUGGUAACUUACCUCAACUGGAGAGACAAGAAGUACUCCUACUGGAAAUUCUCGCCGCGCGGCGACAGGAACAUCUCAUUUGCUCAACUGGGCUGGAGGGGCCUGAAACUUUUCGACAGGAACUCGAGAAAGAUCGCGCAGAUACUAGCGGGAGGAUCGGUACGGUUCUUAUCAUUGGGAAGUAAAGGAAACUUAGGGCUGUACUACUAUUCGACAGCGCGCGGAAAAUUUGAAGCUUCAUUUAAAGCACUCAGAUUUUGUGACCUUCCCCUCUCUUGUGGACCUUGUGGGGUGUGUUCUUCUUCAACCAACACAUGCAAAUAUCUGCAACUAUCAAGGAUGGAGAAGAAUAACAUUGGUACAAGCUUUUGUGGGGACUCUGCUUCUGAGGUGGUAAUGGAGGAAAUAAAGGGGGUUGAUACUGUUCUUAGGCCUCCAUUCCCAAAAGCAAAUUUGAGCUUGGAGGAGUGUCUGGGUUCAUGCUUGGAGGAUUGCUCUUGUGCUGCUGCUUUUUACAUGGAGAGGGAGUGUUUUCUCUAUAAAUUGGUGGGGGGUUUGAGAGAAGUAGAAAAUGGAAGUGGGUUUAGUUAUUGGGUGAAGAUCCAAAAGGAGAAAAUUAGGGUUCAUGGGGUUUCUUCUAGCCUCCUAACAAAGAUUUUGAUCUUAGGUGGGGUUAUUGAUGGGGUGGCCCUUUUUGUAAUAAUGUGGGGGUUGCUGUACUAUUUCUGCAAAAUUCACAAGAAAACGGAUAAUUCGGAACCGAAUAACAAUUGA